AUGGUUUUGGUGACCGUGGAGAACAACGGCACGAGCAAUUACUCAGUCGAGGCAAGGAACAACCUUUUCGACACGAAUUCUCCUUAUGAGCCGAUGAACGUGUCGAGUCUUGCAGGUACACAAGUCCAGCUCGUCGGUGCCGAGUAUCCGUACGGGCUAUUGACCGAUGCAUCCUUCGUCCAAUUGCCAGCCGGAGCAAUAUGGCAACGAGAGCUCAACAUUACGGCGUACAUGCCUGCGGACAUGACCAUUACCAAGCCUACCGCAUCAUGUUAUUACGUGACAUUCCCCGACGGCUUUUGGGCCAUCGACACAACUGGCAUGCCAUCAGGAGAAAAUUUGGCCACGGAAUUCCUCACCCCGGGUGCGAGUCGACUCGUAGACUUGUACAUCGCCUCGAAUAUACUGCAUCUCAACGUCACCGCGGUACCUGGGAGUGGCGCGACUCUGACUGCUACGACAGCGGCGAUCCCUCAACAACCAGCAGCAACCGAGAUUGUGGGUUCACAGACGAUCGGUAUCGCUUCUAGUGAAACGAUCGGGACGAGCAUUGAUCAGUACGACAAUAUCCUUGGAGGCUGA